AUGGCGGGCAAGGCAGGGGAGCCUCACAUCCCCCUGGCCCUGCAGCGCUCCCGGCUGAAGGCCGAGGAGAAGACCCUGGAUUUUGAGUUCGAGGUGGUGAGUGUCCAGUUCAACCGGCGGGGCUGCUACGCCCUGAGGCUGACGGUGGAGAACCCGCUGCUGCAGGGCUCCGGCGCCGGCAUCCAGCUCCGAGUCAACGGCGGGAGCGCCGCCCGCAGCAGCACCAGCACCACCGACAUCGUCGAGCAGAGCCACCUCAACCGGAUCUACUCCUUCCAGAGGAGGAAAUUCACCUUCACCCUGCCCAGAGGUUUCUGCAAGAACGACAAGAACCACGACGUGCGGCUCCACAUCGAGGCCCUGCGCUUCCCCGGGCGGGCAGAGAGACCGAGGAGGGGCAGGCGGGUGGGAGAAGCCUUCUUUGCCAUCUACCCCCGCCCCGACCAGCCCCGGCUGAAGCUCUCUGCCAGGAGGAACGAGGACUGGUACCGCUACAGCGCCGUGGUGGCUUUGCUGCGGGUGGGCAGCGAGCAACCGGCCAUGCACUGUGGCCGCCUGGCCUUCACCGUGUCCCUGCACGAGCACCGGGCACCCCCCGCGCCGGCUGCGCCCCCACCGCGCCCCCCCAGCUCCCAGGGGGACGAGCAGGCAGCAGGCACGGCCCCAGCAUCCCCAGAUGUAGAAAUCUCCCCCCGCUCAGUCCGCACACCGGAGUCCGCUUAUCACUCGCUGCCUGCCGAGGGCCACGCCCACUUCCCCGAGAGGCUGCGGGCUGAUCCUGAGCUCAGCUCCUCCCCGGAGCUCCUGGGUGGCUCAGGAGAGCAUCCUUCCUCCUCCUCCUCCUCCUCCUCCUCCUAUUCCUCAGGGCCUGCUGUGCUGAGCUGCAGCAGCUUCCACCUCUCCUCACCAGGGUACAGCCCAGACCCAGCCUCCUCACCAGUGCAGGUAUCCAAGUCCCCCGCUGUGACAGAAGGUCCCGGGCACACAUCCGUGUCUGGUGGGGGACACGUGGCCCCCAUGGGGAAGGAAACCAUCACCAUCACCCUCCACAGAGCCAGCAACCUGCCGGCCACACGCGAGGGCCAGGUGCCGUGGCCGUACGUUGUUGUUAAGACCAGUGGAGGGGCUGAGCAGAAGCCAGAGGCAUCCCGUGCAUCCUCAGCGCCCACCCACGCACCCACCUGGGAGGAGGAGGUGAUGGUGGAAAUGGAUGCCGAGGAUGCAGGCUGGGCAGUGCUGACCCUCACUGUGGCAGACAAACCUACCAAGGAGGCACUGGGGACAUUCCAGCUGCCAGUCCGGCAUCUCCAGCCCUUCCAACCCCACCACUGCAGGCUGGUGCUGCCAAGGAGGCAGGACUCUGUGGGAAUGGUCCUGCACGUCACCAUCACCCGCAAAAAGAGCUUCAUCCCUCGCUGUGACGGACUUGGCUAUGUGGCCUUGGAGGUGCUGCUUCGGGGGUUGUCAGCCCCCCUGACCACCCUCCCCAGGACCCUCGUUGCCGUGGCCAGAGUUGUGACCAAUGUCCAGGAGUACAAGCACCGCAUGGAGAAGCAUCCCAUCCCUCAUCCCAGCAUCAGCCCCACCACCAUCCUGUUCCCAGACCCUCCAGCAGCCGCCUUUAGCAUCACCCGAGCUGCCAACCACGGCUGCCCUCAGAUAUCCCGACCAGCCGGUCCCCAGGAGCAGCCAUCCUGGAAUGCCUCCUUCCUUUUCCAAGGCCAAGAUGCUGCCACCAUCUUCUCCGAAGACACCGCUCUGACAAUUGAGUUCUAUCCAUACAAAGCCGUGUGGGAUGCUCCGGGCACCCUCAUUCCUGUGGGAUACUCGGUGCUGCCCCUCACCAGCCGUGUUUUCCAGGAGCUGGCGGCGUGCAGCGGUGGAAUGCACGUGGAGGGCCUCGCUGUGGAGAGACCAGCAGCAUUCCUGACCCCAUCAGGCGGCGAUGCCCUCCCCAGCCUGGACCCUGCCACCCUCAGCACCCUCGAGAGCAGCGAGGAGCCACAGGUGACCCCCCUGUACCCACUUCAUGGCCAGCUCCACCAAGAUGACACGUCUCUCCCAGCAGUUGAUGCCAUGGCCAGUAUCCUGCCCGGAAAGCAGCCACUCCCACAUGGAGAGCAGAGGUCCCAGGAGAUCUUUGGAGAUCGCCAGGAGCUGAUAAGUGGUUGGAGAGAGAUGCAUGGAGAUGAGAAGAAUGAAUAUAUGAAUUCAUGGAUGGAUAGAUGGAUGGGGAAGAGAAGGAUGGAUGGAAGGAUGGAUGGAGAAGAGAAAAGAAGGACUGACACAUGGAUGGAUGGAUGGAUGGAUGGACAGAUGGGUAAGAGAAGGAUGGAUGGAAGAGGUAGAGAAGGAUGGAUGGUGUCAAGAGGAGAGGAAUAUCUGGAUGUUCCUUUGCUCCUCCAUGGUGGGUCUGACCCUCAAGUCACAUAUCCCGAGCUGAUCCCUUGGAUCUGGGGACAUCCCUGGCUGCCAUGGGGUGCCAGCAGCUCUGUUCUGGGCUGGCAGGAGGUGGGCAGCUACCGCCUGGCGCUGAAGCGGAUGGCAGGGGACCUGCUGUCCCUGCGCCGGCACGUCACCAGCCUGGAGGUGGAGAACGGGCACCUGCGGAGCAGCCUGGCCUCGCAGCAGGAGUGGCAUGGGGUGCGUCUUGCAGCCACCCUCAAGCACAAGCUGGUGGCCAGCACAGCAGAGAUGAGGAGACUGAAGGAUCGUGUCCAGCAGCUGCAGAAUGAGCUGAUCCGGAAAAAUGACCGGGAAAAGGAGCUGGUGCUGCUCCAGCGAGCCCACCGGCUGCAGCAAGCCAUGCUGAGGAGGUGCCAGGAUAAGGCAGCCAAGGCAAAGGGCUUGGAGGAGACGGUGCAGCAGCAGGAGAAGGUCAUCGAGGUGAUGGAGCGGGUGCUGCAGGAAAAACUCGCCAGGGCGGGCAGGAGCACGGAAAAGCCGGCAGGUGAAGCCCUCUCCGGGGAGGUGCACACCGCGCUGCUGGCCGAGAACCGCCGCCUGCGGGAGGAGCUGGCGAGGGCCGCCCACCCCGCAGCCCCCAUUGCCCCGCGGCCCCCAACCUUGCCGGGCGUUUUGGGGGGCACGGAGAAGCUGUCUCUGCUGGCCAGGCUGGAGGAGGCACAAGCCCGCGGGCGAGUGCUGGAGAGGCAGCUGGAGAAGGCAGCGAGGAAGUGGGGCCGGGAGAAGCAGGAGCUUGGGACUCGUCUGCUGGAGCAGGAGAAUGGCUUCCUCCACCCCUCGCAGAACCUGACUGCAAUUUCCACGGCCCCCCGGAGAAGACCCCACAUCCUGCCCCCCCUGCCCUAA